AUGGUGGCAGUUCAGCUGAUGGACGGGCGGCCGCAGGUGCUGGUCGAGGGCGAGGCAGGCUCCGUCAAGCUGGAGGUCAGCACCCCGCUACACGACGGCGACUGGCACGCCAUCCACCUUCAGCUGGACUCUCGGGGCGUGGUCCUCAUGGUGGACAUGUGCGGGCGGGGCUGGGAGGAAAGCGCCUCCGACUCCCACUGCGUCGCGAGGGCGGCGUGGCCACGCGGGGGCGCCCUGGCCUCGUGGGCGAUGCCUGGGCCGAUGCAGCUGGGCGGCUUGGCGCACGACCUGCCCUCGGCCGAGGAGUUCGGCUGGAGCGAGGCGCCCACGACCCACCCGCUGGACGGCUGCGUCUCGCACCUCACCGUCAAUGGUCAGCUGGUGGACCUGGGACAGCCGGCCUACACGCAUGGCAGCGUGAGCGGGUGCCGACCCCAGGAUGCGGCGUGCCCGGGCAGAAGAACUGCUUGCGGGCUUCGGGGUGCGUGUGUGGGUGGCCUAUCGCGCCCGCGGUGUGAGUGUGAGCCAGGAUGGACAGGACCCUCGUGUGCCACGCCCACGGUGCCGACCGCCCUCGGCUCCCUGUCAUACGUAAAGCUGGCCCUCUCCUUCGCACCCCCGCCCACGCAACUAAGCGUGCAAUUGCGCGUGCGAACUCGAGGGCCCAAGGACGGCCUUCUGAUGCAGCUCUCCGCACAGCACCGCCAUGUUAUGUUCACGCUUCAGCUCCGCGCCGGGGUGGCGUGUGCCUCCGUGUCGGGGGCUGGAUGGGCGGCGCGGGCGGCGUGCGUGGAGGGGCGGCCUGUGGGCGACGGGGCGUGGCACACCGUCCGAGCGGAGCGCCACGGCCACAACCUGCUGGUGAGCGUGGACGACGGCGACGGCUGGCGGAGGAACGAGUCUCUGGUGACCCUGGAGGAGGGCGAGAAGGCAGAAGGGCGUAACGCGACGCCGCCCGCGCCUCUCCACGUCGACAAACACGACGGGGUGACGCUCGGGGGCCUGCCGGAGUUCGUGGGCGUCUCCCUCAUCGCCGUUCGAGAUGACCUCAAGGAUACGUGCCUGGAUGAUGUUCGAGUAUCGGGCCGCCCCCUCCCCCUGCCCCCCUCCCUGAACGCGACCAAGUGGGGGCAAGUGACCACCUCAGAGCACCUGGGCCGUGGCUGCCCUGCCGGCGACCCCUGCGUAGAUACCAAGUGCCCUGCGCCGCUCCUCUGCACCAACACCUGGCGGCAGGCGACGUGCAGCUGCGGCGGCGGGCGGCAGCAGGUGGGCGGGUCGUGCCAGAAUGUGAAUGAGUGCACGUGGGCCCCGUGCCUCCACGACGGCACGUGCUACAACCUCCACCCGGGCUACCAGUGCGUGUGCGGCCCCGGCUACACGGGCGAGAACUGCCAGUGGGCUCACGACGGUUAUUCUGGGCUGCCGUUCUCUGCUCCAGCUGCCAUCGCCGCAGUCACGCUCUCGUUCUUGCUCCUGGUGGUGGUGGGCGUGGUGGUGUCCCUCCGCCUGCACCGGCACUGGAGGAGGCGUGAGCGCAGGGACGAGCCGCCGGGAGACACAAGCCCGGAGGAGGUCGCGAAGGGCGUGAAGGAGAGCCCGACCACGCGGCUGGCGCAAGACGUCGAGCACGAGUCGUUCUUGGAGCGCCUGAAGAUCAAGGCUUCUCAAGCACAGCCUGCCUUACAAAAAACAGGCGAGAAAACCGAGGCACCGACGGGAGGCAGCCCGUGUACUACCAUGGCCAGCAAAGUGACAGCGAAAGGAAUCUUAGGUGAAGGCAAAGGCAAGAACUCUGGCACUGUGCCGGAGCCCCUGCUUCCCCAGGACGACCUCCGCGCAUACGCUUAUGAGGGCGAUGGCUCCUCCGCGGGAUCCCUGGGCUCUGCUGUAUCAGGCCUUCGCUCGGAGGUAAGUGACGAAGGGGGCAUCAGACCCCUCGUCUCGGACUUCCUGGAGGUGAUGGACCUGCUGAGGAAUCUCCCGGACAAGGAGAAGACGACGACGAGUGAUUCCAAGACUCCUGCAGGAGGCGAGGCCGUUAGAGGCAGUCCACCCGCGCCCACGCUCUCAAAAUCCCCGAGCAAACCUACGCCCUCGCCUGCCAAAAUACGGCAGUCGUCCCCCGGAAACAGUGAAAUGACGACUGCCUGCUGAUCACCCCCUGAGACGAAAUGGUGCUUCUUGCGAUUUUCUCGUGACCAAUCCUGUAACGUGUAUGUGAAAAGAAAAAAAAAUCUUUUGGUUGUAAAGUUACAUAAAAUGUAAUGGCGUAUCUAAAUUACAUUUUCUUCUUGGGAGAACUAUAAAGUGUGUGUGUGUGUUUGUGGUCAAGGAUAUAUGCCUGUGUGUGUGUGUGUGUGUGUGUGUGUGUGUGUGUGUGUGUGUGUGUGUGU